AUGGCAGAGACAACAAACGGUGUAAUUGAGGUUGACCUCCCCAUCAUCUACAGAGAUAGGUCAAACCCCGCAAAGUUCUAUGAAGCAGUCUGGGGCCGCGUCUUCAACGGGAAGCGGGACACGGAGCGCCGACCAUACGCAGUGGUCCAGGCCUCCAACGCAGCACACGUCAAAGCGGCUGUGGAAUUGGCAGGGCGUGAGAACUGCCGCGUCUCCGUCCGUAGCGGCGGCCACAGCUGGGCCGGGUGGAGCGUGCGCGACGGCGCGGUGCUGAUUGACCUCGGGGAUCUACAGGGCAUCGGUUACGAUGAGGAGACCCAGAUCGUAUCGUGUUCACCGAGUGUUAUCGGGCGGAAGCUGAACGCUUUCCUCGCGGAGAAGGGGAGGUUGUUCGCGGGGGGUCAUUGUCCAGAUGUUGGGCUGGGCGGGUUCUUGCUGCAGGGGGGUAUGGGGUGGAAUUGCAAGAACUGGGGCUGGGCUUGUGAAUCCAUUGUUGGGAUCGACGUUGUGACUGCGGAUGCCAGAGAGUUGCAUUGCAGCAAGGCGGAGAAUUCGGACCUCUUUUGGGCGGCGAGAGGAUCUGGCCCAGGAUUUGCGGCUGUCGCGACGAGGUUCCACCUCAUGACACGGCCGUUGACCAGCAUGUUUAACUGCAUAUACGUCUACCCCAUUUCGGAAUAUCGCAAGGUGCUACAAUGGGUUGUAGAUCUUUGCCCCACCGCAGACCCGGACACGGAAAUCGUGUGCGUGUCCCGAUACGCACCAGGCUCAGACGAGAUCCAGAUCACCGCCGGCUUUACCACGUGGAAGCCCAGCCGCGCCGACGCCGAAAUCUCCCUCAAGUCCAUCCACGACAGCCGACCCUCCCAUGCCGUGGUGGAGCUGUUCUGCGACCCCACCAGCCUCGACAAGGAGUACACGCAGCAAGCGGCAGCUAACCCGCAGGGCCACCGAUACUGCAGCGAAAACGCCUUUGUGGCUAACGAUGCCGACGUGCCCGCGGUGCUCGAGGCCGCCUUCACGACGCUGCCGACGAAGAAGUCGUUCGCGCUAUAUUUCGCCAUGAACCCGACGUCGAGGAGACCGCUCCCGGAUAUGGCGCUGUCGAUGCAUUCUGAUCACUACUUUGCGCUGUACACCGUGUGGAAGGACCCGGCCGAUGACGCCAGGUGCACGGGCUGGGUAUAUGACGUGCUGAGGGAUGUUGAGAGGCACGCCAUCGGGAGCUAUUUGGGGGAUGCCGAUUUCCAGCAUCGGCGGACGAAGUUCUGGAGCGAGGAGAGCGGGAAGAAGUUGAUGGAGGUCAGGAGGAAGUGGGAUCCCGAGGGCAGAAUUUGUGGGUACUUGGAUGUGGACGACAAGAGCGGUGUUGCCGGGCUGCGGAAUGAGUUUGAGUGGUAG